GACCUUCUGUAGAUAAAUGUGAUGAUCCAAAACCUUUUUAAGAUAAGAAGUCUAGACUCUCUCAGGCUUAUUGUUUGCCGGUGUUUUCUAUGAAAUACCACUUGCUGGUACCAAGACACCGGUGAGAAUCAAGGGGCUGAAUCCAAAUCCAGAAGAAGGCAAUACGUACACCAGCCUACCAGAACCAUGGACAAAAGUUAUGCGAUGGCCAAGUUUGGACUGGAGUCCAAAGAGAUGUUACGAUCUAACCAGAAAGACUGCUGGUAUUACGUGAAAUAUUUCUUCCUUUUUACGUCCAUCAUCCAGUUUCUCAUCAUUUUGGGGCUGGUGCUUUUUAUGAUUUAUGGUAAUGCUCAUGCUUCAACAGAGACCCGACUUAAAAAUGUAGAAAGCCACAACCUUAAACUAUUGGGAGAUAUAAAAACACAAGAGAGAGUUGUCCAAAUGCUCAGCAUUAAUCUAACCCGGGCAGAGAAGGAGAAGAAUUUGUUGUACGUCAUGCUAGAAGGAAAAAAGAAAGAGCUAGUCUCCAUGAAUGCAACAGUUAUGAUCCAGGCUGCCAAAAUAGUUGAACUGACUAGACUAACCUCAAAACUUGUGACAAAUCAAACACCUGCACCAAAGUGUGACUCCUGCAAUGAAGCUAUCCAGAAGAUAAACAAUACAUGGUUUGUUGACAAGUUACUAUGCCAAAAUGAGAAAGAACGUAUUUUGUCUGAAUACAGAACAUAUAAGGAAACUUGCAACAAGACAGUAGAUAAUGUGAGCAGUAGGCUUAGACAGGCUGAAUCUGAAAAAGACAAGUAUCUGACGCAGACCAACACACUUAGGAAGGAAAAGUUGGACUUAAUUGCACAGAUGGACAUGUUCCAGAGAUCCUGCACAACUAUUGAAAAUAAAUUUAAGGAAGAACUUGAUCUCCUGAAACAGAACUUUGAGACAGCUCUUAAGAACACUCUGCCAGAUGUGUGGAACAUUAACUAUCAACGAUCUAAGUAUGAAGCCAUUCAACAAGCCUGUAAUCCUUUACCCUCUCAAAUCACCAGCAACAUAGACCAAGCUUUAACUCGCUUGAGGCAGUAUGUCACAUCCACUUUCAAUGAAAACAGCCUCUUGAAGGUCAACAACCAAAGGAGCACUGAAGAUCUGAGGAAAUGUAGCCAAGAGAAAGAAGAAAUCUUACAGAGCAAGCGUGAUGAGCUGUCUACUAUGCAAAAGAAUUCCAAUAUGAAUCUAAUGAAGAUUCAGGAGGAGAAGAAUAGGAUGAAGAUAGAGAAGGAUGAAGUUGACAGGAACCUUAAAGAGACACACAACUCUCUGACUAGGACCAGUAUGCAACUAGUGGGAUUGAUGGAAGAGUUACAACGCUGCAUUAAGAAAGAUCCAUUAGGCCCUGGUACAGGUGUGGCACCAAACCCAUUAAACCAGGAGGUUAAGAAGACAGUGACAUAAAUGGAGGAAUGGCAUUCCAAGUUCUGAAAAUAACCUCCUCGCGGAUUGCAAAAAUACAAUCAAAACUAAAAGACGUUUGAUCAAACAUCUGCUAGAUUCAUUAUCAUUACUAAACCAAUGGAACCAGUCUAAUAGGCCUA